AUGGCUCGGGGCACUCUGAAUCGGAUAGCCGAGCCACAGAACUACAUUCCAGUCUUCCUCAAUUUCUCGGCCCAGACAAACAGCAACCGGACACAGGAGAUGAUUGAGGCAAAGCUAGAGAAAAAGAAGAAAGGAGUAUUAGGAGCCCCGGCGAACAAAAGGAUUGUCCUUUUCGUGGAUGACUUAAACAUGCCUCGAAUGGACACUUAUGGUAGCCAGCCUCCCAUCGAACUUUUGCGCCAGAUCCAGGACUUUUCCGGCCUAUAUGACCGCGACAAGUUGACAUGGAUCCAACUGCGCGACAUGACGCUUUCUGCUGCCUGUGGACCUCCUGGGGGAGGGCGAAAUCCAAUCACGCCAAGGAUGUUGCGUCAUUUCGCUGUAUUCGCGAUCCCAGCCCCC